GGGUGUGGUUGGCGGUCUCCUUGGAGGUAAAGGAGACUGUUCCAGGCCGAGGUCAGCUGACGGAUCGGUGUUAUCUCCGCUUCCCCUCUGUUGACUGGCUGGAGGCGGUUAGUGCCCUCGGUUGUUUCCUCCGCUAGCAGGCGUGAUAGCUGCGAGACAUGGCGAUGCUGGCUUUUCUUUCGGGUCGAGGGUCUUUCUCGGCCGGUCGUCCGCUCAUGAAGCUGCUGCGGGAAUUGAAUUUUGCGCACCGGAGCUAUGCACUGAACACCAGUUUGAAUGAAGUGGUCAUAGUCAGUGCCAAAAGGACGCCUGUUGGAUCUUUUCUAGGAUCUCUUUCCUCACUUCCAGCUACUAAACUUGGUUCCAUAGCAAUUCAAGGAGCAAUUGAAGCAGCAGGAAUACCCAAGGAAGAAAUCAAAGAAGCAUAUAUGGGCAAUGUUCUACAGGGGGGUGAAGGACAAGCCCCAGCCAGGCAGGCCGUGCUUGGAGCAGGUUUACCUAUCUCCACUCCAUGCACCACUGUCAAUAAAGUUUGUGCAUCAGGAAUGAAAUCUAUUAUGAUGGCAGCUCAGAACCUAAUGUGUGGCCAUCAGGAUGUGAUGGUUGCUGGUGGAAUGGAAAGCAUGUCAAAUGUUCCAUAUGUAAUGAGCAGAGGAGCAACUCCUUAUGGAGGAUUAAAACUUGAAGAUUUAAUUGUGAAAGAUGGACUAACUGAUGUCUACAAUAAAAUUCAUAUGGGUAACUGUGCUGAGAAUACAGCCAAGAAACUUAACAUUUCACGAGAAGAACAAGAUGCUUAUGCCAUAAGUUCUUACACCAAAAGUAAAGCAUCUUGGGAAGCUGGAGUAUUUACAGAUGAAAUUAUUCCUGUUACAGUUUCACAAAAAGGUAAAUCAGACAUAGUGGUAAAAGAAGAUGAAGAAUACAAACGUGUUGAUUUUAGCAAAGUCCCAAAGCUGAAGACAGUUUUCCAAAAAGAAAAUGGUACAGUGACAGCUGCCAACGCCAGCACACUGAAUGAUGGAGCAGCUGCUGUGGUUCUGAUGACAGCAGAUGCAGCCAAGAGGCUCAAUGUCAAGCCACUGGCAAGAAUAGCAGCAUUUGCAGAUGCUGCUGUAGCACCUAUUGAUUUUCCAAUUGCACCUGCUUAUGCUGUACCCAAGGUUCUUAAAAAUUCAGGAUUGAAAAAAGACGAUAUUGCAAUAUGGGAAGUAAAUGAAGCUUUUAGUUUAGUUGUAUUAGCAAAUAUGAAAAUGUUGGAUAUUGAUCCCAAAAAAGUGAACAUAGAUGGAGGCGCUAUUUCUUUGGGACACCCACUUGGGAUGUCUGGAGCAAGAAUUGUUGUUCAUAUGGUCCAUACCUUGAAGCGAGGAGAGUAUGGUAUUGCAGGAAUUUGCAAUGGAGGAGGUGGUGCUUCUGCAAUACUAAUCGAGAAGUUAUAGAAUGAUGGAGCAAGUACCCUCACCUGUAUUUGUGAUUAGAAGAGAUCAACCAGUUAGUUAAUAGUUUAAGGGUAUGAAAAGGGACUUUCUGGAUGCUGCACAGCAUCUAUAUAUGUAUAGCAUAAAUAAAUAGUUUUCUUGUCAUCAGAUUUGGUAAUCUCAAGACAUUUUUAGCUAAAAAAGGGCUCUCUCUAAAGCCUUUUCAGUUUCUAAGAAGAUGAUGAUCUUGGGCAUGAUUGUUGAAUUGAAAAGUAUUCAACUUUAAAAUAGAUUAAUACUUUUUAAAAUUCUGCAGUACCACAGUGGUGGGAACAUGGAUGAGUGUCUUCCAAAAAGCCCUGAGUUUCUUUUUGAUAAAAAAUGGAUGUGAACUGAUCUUUAGGUUUUUUCUUAACUUUUCACUAUGUGACAUAUAUAUGGUCAAGCAAUUAAUAUAAUUAUUAGUCCUCAUCACUGAUAUGCCUUCUGUAAUUAAUUUGAUUAGAAAUUAAAUAUUUUUCAAGAAA